UGGUUCUCCUACACAGGGAUAUUAGAAAUGAUGGAGAGUCGCAGUGCGCAUGCGCCGUGGAGCAGCCUGCAGUUGGGGAGAGGUGAUGCACGUUUUCAUCCAGAGCUCAGCUCACUCACACAUCAACACAUAUCUUUCCUACCUCACUUCCUAUUUUGUGCCGAGCUUCAACCAAUCAGGGUCCGAGAUGAGCCCAAUCAGGAAGUAGUCAUCGCUGGCCAAGUCGUAUUCCCGCGAAUGCGAAAGACUCGAAGCAUCAUGAGUAAAAGGAAGGCAAAAGAUGUUCAUCUUCCUACAGGAGAAAGCAUCACACAGGUUCAGAGUAUGUUAAGGGAGCGGCUCUGCAAUCAGCGGCUCCCUGACAAGCCAGAGGGAACAGAAGCUCAACACAAACACCUUCUGGAGCUGCUGAGGCGAACAGCUAUCCAUGGGGAGAGUAACUCUGUGCUAAUCGUCGGUCCCAGAGGAGCAGGAAAAACAAUGCUGCUUAAGUGUGUGUUGAGAGACCUGCUGGAGGAUAAAGAAGCACAGAAAAGUCUGCUACAGGUGCAUCUCAACGGCCUCCUGCAGACUGACGACAGAAUAGCGCUGAAAGAAAUAACACGGCAGCUCCAUCUGGAAAAUGUUGUCGGUGACAAAGUGUUUGGAAGUUUUGCAGAAAAUUUGGCUUUCCUGUUGGAGGCAUUAAAGAAAGGUGAUCGCAGCAGCAGCCGCCCAGUGCUGUUCAUCCUGGAUGAGUUUGACCUCUUUGCCCACCAUAAGAACCAGACUCUGCUCUACAACCUGUUAGACGUCUCCCAGUCUGCCCAGGCGCCCAUCGCCGUUGUGGGCAUCACCUGCAGACUGGAUGUUCUGGAGCUGCUGGAGAAGCGAGUGAAGUCGCGCUUUUCCCACCGUCAGAUCCACCUGCUGAGCAGCCUGACGUUCGCUCAGUACCUGCAGCGGGUUCAAAGCCAGCUCAGCCUGCCGCAGGAUUUCCCAGACGUUAAGUUUGCUCAGGACUGGAAUGACAGCAUCAAGACUUUGUGUGAAGAUAAAUCAGCUGAGGGGGCUUUACGCAGACACUUCAACUCCAGCAAAGACUUCCGCUCACUGCACAUCCUGCUGAUGUUGUGUCUGAGUCGCGUCACUGUGGCCAAACCCGUCAUCAAACCAGCCGACCUCCUGGAGGCCAGCAGGCUGUGUUUUGUAGACGCCAAGGCAAAUAUGCUCCACGGUCUAUCCAUCUUGGAACUCUGCCUGAUCAUCGCCAUGAAACACCUCAAUGAUGUCUACGAAGGAGAGCCGUUCAACCUCCAAAUGGUUCACAAUGAGUUUAAGAAGUUCCUUCAGAGGAAGUCGAACUCCAUGUACAACUUCGAACAGCCUGUCAUCAUGAAGGCCUUCGAGCAUCUGCAGCAGCUUGAGUUGAUCCGGCCGGUCGACGGCUCCGCCGCCAAAACACAGAAGGAAUACCAGCUGAUGAGACUCAUGUUGGACCACAGUCAGAUAAUGGAGGCUCUGCAGAAAUAUCCACUGUGCCCCACUGACGUGAAGCAGUGGGCCAUGUCAGCAUUCGGCUAAGACUCCUUGUACAUCUGGACUUAAGAAUGUGGGAAUUUAUACCUUAAAGUCUAAAGUGAGGACUUGUUCAGUCUUCUCUACACCAUUAGUGCACAUGUUUCAUGUCAUUACAUGAAAGUUGUGACAUUCACUGUAAAUAAUCACGUGAUAAAUUAAAUUUGUAUCAUUGGAAUUUAAA